AAGACUAUCACACAACACCAUGAAGGCCAUGACCACCAUCUUUGACAACACCACCUCUCCCUCACAAUUUUGGUCCUUCUGCUUCAUCACUAUCCUUCUCUUCCAUCUCUUACUCAGAAAACUUCUAACAAAAUCUAGACCCUCAUCUCCGGACACGCCCAAGCCGCCCCCGAGCCCCUCGGCGCUUCCUUUCAUCGGUCACCUCCACCUUCUCACUCCUGUUUUAGUCACCUCCUUCCAAACCUUAGCUCGUCGUUAUGGCCCCCUCAUCGAGGUUCGACUCGGCGCGUCGAAGUGCAUCGUUGUCUCAACCGCAACAGUUGCCAAAGAGAUUUUAAAGACUCACGAGGGCAAUUUCCUUUCCCGACCGGAGUUUGGUGCCUCCGAGUACUUCAUUUACCGAGGGUCGAGGUUCGUCAUGGCCCAAUAUGGACCCUAUUGGCGAUUCAUGAAGAAGUUAACCAUGACACGACUUCUGUCACCACCACAGCUAGCGGUCUCCACAGCCAUUCGGAGUGAGGAGAUUGCGAAACUUGUGGAGAGAAUAGAAGCAAGUUCAAGGGAAGAGAAGCCCUUAGAUUUGAGAUUGGAGUUUACUACUUUGACAAACAAUAUUAUAUCAAGGAUGGUUUUGAGCACAAGGUGUUGUGGAGGGAAAGAUGAGGCUAAAGAGAUUAAGGAUUUGGCUUGGAGGAUUAAUAUGUUGGCUGGGAAAUUGAGUUUGGGGGACAUUUUGGGAGCUUUGAAAGUGUUUGAUUUCUCUGGAAAUGGGAAGAAGUUUGUGAAAACUUUGAAGAAGUUUGAUGAGUUGAUAGAGAGGAUAAUGAAAGAGCAUGAAGCUGCCAUUAAUGAUGGUGAGGAUGAAGAAAGAAAAAAAGACUUGUUGGAUAUCUUGUUGGAGAUUUACAACGAUCCAAAUGCUGAUUUCAAGCUAACCCGAAACGAUAUCAAGUCGUUCUUGCUUGACCUUUUCAUGGCAGGCACCGACACAACGGCGACGGCAAUGCUGUGGGCAAUGGGAGAGCUCCUAAAUUGUCCAGAAUCAUUCCAUCAGCUAAGAAAUGAGAUAACAUCAGUAGUUGGAAACAAGAAGCCAGUCCAAGAAUCCGACCUCCCCAACCUCCCCUAUCUCCAAGCAGUCGUUAAGGAAACGCUCCGUCUCCACCCCUCGGCGCCGAUCAUCAUCAGGGAAUGUCUAGAUGACUGCAACAUCAACGACUCACUAAUCAAAGCCAAAACUCGAGUCUUGAUCAAUGCAUACGCGGUCAUGAGAGACCCCGAGUCGUGGUCGGAACCGGACAAGUUCUUGCCGGAGAGGUUUUUGGAAGGGUCCCAUGAGAAUAUUGGGAGCCACAAAAUGGAGAUGAAAGGGCAAAACUUCCGGUACAUUCCGUUUGGGAGUGGGAAGAGAGGCUGCCCUGGAGCUUCCCUUGCUUUGCUGGUUUUUCCAUGUGCAAUUGCCACUAUGGUGCAACGGUUUGAUUGGAAGAUUGAUGGGGAUAACGAAGGCAACGUUGAUUUGACGGUGGGGUCAGGAUUUGCUGCAGAGAUGGCAACACCGCUCAUAUGCUAUGCAAACCCUAUUAUGGGAUUCAAAUAGUACAAAUUAUGAAAACCACAUUUUCAUCUUCUCAUUGUAUUUCCAUUUUUAUCUUUUAAUUUUAAAAUGCAGAAAUAUAUUAAAUAAAAUAUACAAACAUUUAGAAAUAA